GAAAUAAAAGCAGUUCUCUCAUUCAGUGGGGAGUUGGGCUGAAAGUUUCUCUCUGAAUUUGACAGCCUGGCUCAGGUGAUGUGGGGAGAAACACAAGCAGCCAGGCAUACACAGCCACUCCCCUACAGUAGGAUGGGAUUGAGAAUCAAAAAGGUAGAAGUGAGAAAACUGAUGGAUUGAGGUAUACAGUUUAAUGAGAAUGGAGUUAAUAAUAAUAAUAAAAAAGAGCAAGUGAUGCAUGACAUAGUUGCUUAUCAGCUGACUGAUGACCAGCUAGUCCAUGAGCAAUGGAAGCCCACCUGUUCAACUGCCCCUUUUUUGUUACUGAACGUGACGUUGUAUGGUAUGGAAUAUCCCUUUGGUGCUUUGGGUGAGCUAUCCUGCCUGUGCACCCCCUGCAGCUUCCUGUGCACCCCCAGCUCUCAUUGUCAGGCAGCAUGAGAAUCUGCAAAGUCUUUGACUUUGUGCAAGCUCUGCUCUGCAGCAGCUGACAUAUCUGUUAUUAACAUUCUUCUCAGCCUAAAGCCAAAACACAGCUCUGUACUAGCUACUAGGAAUAAAAUUAACUCUAUCCCAGACAGAUCCAAGACAAGUGCUGUGCUUAAAACUUCUUCCUGAGUUUGACACUUGGGCUCAGGUGAUGUGGGGAAGCGUGCAUAGCCAGGUAUGUGCACCAAGGAUGGGGGUUCACCCUGCCUUGCUUAGACCGUGCAUCUCUUUUAAGCUUCUAUACUAGCCAAUUUCUCUGGAUACAUUUCUCUAAUGAGGGAUUUAGUUCCUUUAUCCUGCAUAACUGCUCUAAAAUGAGACAUACAUACAAACAUAUGGAAGGUCUUAAUCCCAGGCCAGGUGUCUUUGCACUCCCUGCAGUUAAUGAUUUUGUGAAGUGGCUCCUCUCACCACUCACAUGGUGAACUUGACUACUUGUCCAGAUCCCCUUUCAGCAAAAUUCUAGCAAGUUUUGUGGCUCCAAAAGCAGUCUAGAGAGCAGCGCUACACAUCAAAAUACACCUGCCUUGGUGAAAAAGUCCAUGCUAGGCCACCAAGAAGGACUAGUUCCUUGGGAAAUUUGUCAGUGCGAGCACUGGGGCAUUUUUCUUUCUGUACCGAAUCUGAUUCAAUGCUGCUUUGUAUGUUUCUCCUCUUUUGUACGUUUUCUUCACUGCGUGUGGUGGCACAGAUGACUCCUGUCUGUGAUGUGGAGAUGCAGUGGUGGGCACAGAGCUGUUGCUUCUGCAGCUGUGCCUUGUUUUCCUCCUGUCAGGGUUAUGCUGUUAGGUCUUCAAAGCCUCCCUUCUGUAAAUAUUAUGGUUUUGGUAUCAGUUCUUGCUGUAUAUCAGGCUUGCUCCUGAAACCCUUUAGCCAACAGAGUGCAGCCCUUUGGCUUGACUGCCUGCUCCUGCUUUUCCCUCUCUUCCCUUGGGCCUGCUCAGACCGCUGGCUCCAUGGGCCCCCGUCGGGAUCGUGGGGUGAAGGUGUCUGUUCCCACAGAAGGUGUGAGGCCAGAGGAUGUUGUAGGGACAGGACCAGCACCUGGAGGAGCUUUGCAGAAAACAGAGAAUGAUUUUCCAAAGAGUGAACUCCAGGAGAGAUCUCACUCCAUGGAGAAAACUGCAGAACAGUCUGCAGAGACUUCACCUUCUGUGGUGCUUGAAAAUGUUGAAGGAUGCAGUGCAAAAUGCAUACAGAUGCUGCUGGAGGAUGUCAGUGGCUUAGCUGCGGAUGGUGACUUCACUGUGGAAAUGAUACCGGAGUUAAAUGUUGCUGUAGCUACUUUUCUAAAAAGUAUUGAUACUCAAGAAUUCACCAACAAAUUUGCACAAAACAAAAGAGUGAAAAGAAUCAAAAUAACUGCCAGGCUUCUUGAAGUGACUCGCAGCAUCAAGGCUGAAAACAUACCAGAUAACGUUUCCACAGACUAUCUCACAGUUUAUUUUGAGAACACACAAAAUGGAGGUGGGCCUGUGUCAGGCAUCCAGCUCCUCCCUGAGAAGAACUCGGCCAUCAUUACUUUCUGUGAUCACAAAGAUCUAAGCACUGUCUUGGAAAAGCAGCAUUUACUUGAACAAACACCAGUUUCUGUGCAUCCAUAUUACCACUCGCUGGGAACAGCUCUAUAUGGAAAAGAAAGACCAGUUAUCAAGAUGCCAAAUUCUAUGGUGAUGCCACUAGAUCCCUAUGUAUGGCAGUUUUUACAAAGGCAAGAUAGACUGAUUGAAGCCAUAAACCAGGAAAUGGCAAAUUGCCAUUGUUGUCUAAAAUGGCCACUGACAGAUUGUGCUCAACCAGAAAUCACGCUGUGUCCAUCAUCAUCUAUCUCAGAGCAGAAGGAAACAAUGAUCAAGUUGAUCAAGACCUGGAAGCAAGAUGUUUCCACUGAGUUCUCACGUAUCAUGUCACGUUACAUAGCUAUAAAGUGUAAAAUAAUUUCAGCUAAGUGGAAUGAUGUGAAGAACAAAUUGAUGAAAGAUGCUGAUUUGAUCAUAACUGAUAUUUCUGAGGAGAUGGCGGUGAUAGCAGGCAACAGAGCAGCAGUGGACAGUGCAGAGAAGGAAGUGAGGGAAUGCAUGGAAAAAGCCAUGGAGGAAAGUGAAAGGAAAAAACAAACCAUAGAAAUUUCUGUGUCGAUCGCCCCAGAGAAAUAUGCAGUUCUGCAUAAUGCUGGGCUAGAAGAGAAUAUUCAUGAAGAAUGUCCAUGCUUAAAGAUUUCUUAUGAUGACACAAAAAAGACUGUUCAGCUGUGUGGAUUAUCUGCAGAAGUUUAUAAAACCAAAGCCAACUUACUCGAAAAGGUAUUGAAUAUGCCCUCGACAUCAGUUAAUGUUAAUCACAAUGUUUUCCUACAUCUACGCUGUGUAAAUAGUAAGACAAUGUCAGAGAUGUUAUUUGCUACAAACAAAAUUAAUGCUUUUUAUGAGCUCAAGGGUGACACUGUGAUGGUAUUUGGAGAGACUCCUAAAGAUCUUUCAGAAGGAGAGAAGCAAUUAAAGGCAAGCCUAGCAUACAAAAGCAUUGAUGUGAAGGACUGUGAAGUCACUAAAAUGAAAGAGUGGAGUGAUCUGCUUGCCUUCUUGCGUAAGAAGUACCCCUCUUCCCAGGAAAAAGUAGUCAUCCAUGAACCUGUUGGAAAUGAAAAUAUAGUGAUUAUUACUGGCUUUACUGAGACUGUAGAAAAAGUUUAUAAGAACCUUUAUGAUUUUAUAGAUAGAAACACGCAGGUUGAAAGAGAAAUCCCCGCUAAGUUGGUGGCAGCAGUGGAGUUUGUAGAGAAGGAAAAAUCUGCUGUUUGUGAUGAACUGAGGAAGAAGGGUGUGACAGUAUGCUUUCACACCAAGACGCCGUGUAUUUCCCUGAGAGGACCAAGAGCAGAAGUGUCAAAAGCAGUCACUGUGUUGGAAAAAAUUAUCUCAUCCCUUUACUGGAAGGAUGUGUCAAUUGAUAAACCAGGGGCGAAGCAGUUCUUCAUCGACAGGAAAGAUACAUUUAUUUUUGAGGCAAAGCAGAAGUUUAACUGCCUGAUUAGGCUGAAAGAACAACAACAGAAGAGUGAAAAUGUUGAUGAUAAAGAGGAAAGAAAGCUCCGCUACAAGCAAACCCUACAAGAUGCCGUUGAAGUGCUGGUAUACAAAGGUAACUUGUGCAAUUACCCAGUUGAUGUUGUGGUGAAUGCAUCAAAUGAAGACCUAAAACACACCAGUGGCCUUGCUUGGGCACUGCUCCAAGCAGCUGGUCCAGGGCUGCAGGCUGAGUGUGAUGAGGUGGUGAGGAAGAGGGGGAGUAGUCUGCAGGCUGGGUGUGCGGUCAUCACGGGAGCAGGGAAGCUCCCCUGCAAACAGGUUAUCCAUGCUGUUGGGCCCCGGUGGAAGGAGAAGAGCGUAGGGAAGUGUGUGUACCUGUUAAGACAGCUCAUUAAAAAGAGCCUGCAGCUGGCUGGAACAUAUAAUCAUAGCUCCAUAGCUUUCCCUGCUGUAAGCGGAGGGAUUUUUGGCUUCCCGCUGCAGAAGUGUGGAAAUGCAAUUGUGUCAGCCAUCAAGAAAACCCUGGAAGAAUUCAAUGGGGGAAGCAGCUUGAAGGAGAUUCAUCUUGUUGCCAUUGAUGAAGAAACGGUUCAGGUUCUGAGUGAGACUGUACAAAGAGUGUUUACAACUAAGCUAUCCUCCUCAGUGCCACAGCAGGGAUGCUCUACAGAUCACAGGCAGGGGGAGAGUCAGAGGGAGAAGAGAGGAGAGGAUCUUUGCAUGGCUACAGAUGGUGAGAAGAUGAUUACAACAGCAGAAGGACUGUGCAUCCGAGUGGAGGAGAAAGACAUCAUAGACGCAACGACUGACGUUAUCGUCAACAGCGUUGGCACAGAUUUGGGGUUUGGUGUGGGGCCUCUCUGCCGUGCCUUGCUGGAAGAGGCUGGACCAGAGCUCCAGAUGGAGUUUGACAAGGAAAAAGGACAGCAGGCAGUUGGUAAUGGGAGCGUGGUCUGCACAAGUGGAUGCACUCUGGCUUGCAAGUUCGUGUUUCAUGCUGUGCUUUCUCAAUGGGACAGAGGAAGUGGGCAGGCCCUGAAGGCCCUAGAAAACAUAGUUAAUUUAUGCUUGAUGAAAACUGAAGAAUUUGGACUGAAUUCCAUCACUUUUCCGGCUAUUGGAACUGGGGGACUUAGAUUUCCUAACACUGUUGUUUCUAAGUUAAUUUUUGAUGAAGUAUUCAAGUUCAGCAGCAGUCACAGUAGGAAGACUCUCCAGGAAGUUCAUUUUCUCUUGCACCCAGAUGAUACACAUAACAUUCAGGCUUUUACCAGUGAACUAAAACGUAGGCUAACUGGUGAUGCAGCACCACAGCUAGACUUCAUCAGCCCUGUUUCAACUGAAGCAUUGGGAAUUUAUAAAAUGAAGAUUGGUUCCAUUACACUCAAAGUAACUAGUGGAGAUAUUACCAAGGAAGACACAGAGGUUAUUGUAAAUAUAUCAAAUCGAACAUUUGAUGCCACAUCAGGGGUUUUCAAAGCUAUUAUGGAUGCUGCUGGUUCCGAUGUAGAAGAAGAAUGUGAUCAAUAUGCUGGACAGCUUCAAAGUGGUUUUAUUACUACAGAGGGUGGUGCAUUGUCAUGUAGUAAAAUCAUCCACUUGAUUCACAAUAUGAAUGUGAAGAAUCAGGUCUCCAAAGUGCUUCAUGAGUGUGAGCUAAGGAGCUACAAAUCUGUUGCCUUCCCAGCAAUUGGAACAGGUGCAGCACGACAGAGCCCAGCAAAGGUAGCUGACGAUAUGUUAGAUGCUAUAGUGGAAUUUGCAAGCAGUAGAUCAGUACAGCAUUUGAAAGAAAUUAGAAUAGUAAUCUUCCAGAAACACAUGCUGAGAGACUUUUAUGAAAGCAUGAAGAAAAGAGAAGAUUUAGAUUUGUCUGAACCACAAUCAUGGAUGUCUACACUAAAAUCAUGUUUUUGGGACCAGAAAAAAUCCAUUCAGAAGAAAAAGCUCUUAGUUUUGGAGAAGAAAGUUGAUAAAGUUACAUUUCAAAUUUGUGGAGAAAGCAAAAGAAAUGUGGAUGCAACUGAGUCCUGGAUAGUAGAUUUGAUUUUAAAGGAACAGUUUGAAAACAGGAUUGUAGAUGAGCUAAUUGAAAGUUUUGAUGAGAGACAAAUUGAGGCUUUGGCAGAUCUCCAGAGAGGAAAACAUGUUACCAUUCAGCUUGAUAAGAGCCAAUCUCCACCUUGCAUUACAAUUUCUGGUAUUAGCAGGGAAGUCUGUUCUGUUUCUGUGGAAGUUCAAAAAAUGAUCAAGAAAAUAAUGACUACUCAAGAAGAACAAUCCAAGGCAGAACUUGUUUAUAACCUAGUAGAAUGGAGGUAUCAAAGAACUAAUGAUAGCUUUGUUGCUUUUGAUAAACUGACAAAUAUGCAGUUGGAAGAUGCCAAAAUAGAAAAAAAAACACAUCUGACCAUCAGAAUUAACAAGAACAACUACAGGGUGGAUCUGAAUACUCUACAGGCUCUUGAUGACCAAGGAGGAACUAUAAACAUUCAACGUGUGCCAAAGAAUGAAGAUAUGCAGGCAAUAGAGUUCCCUGCAAACUGGGAAGACAUGCAAGGGGAGCGAGUCAAGCUGGUGACCCUCACACAGUUGUGUCAGGAAUAUCUUGAAGUUCAGAAGAGAUUUCAGAAAACUGCUCACAGCUUUGUCAUAGAGAAGAUUCAAAGAAUACAAAAUCCCUUCCUCUGGCAGACCUACCAAAUCAAAAAGAAGUCUCUGCGUAUGAAGAACAAAAAUCAAGAUAAUGAGAAGCUGUUGUUUCACGGGACAGCUAAAAUCUCAUUGAGCACAAUCAACUACAAUGGAUUUAAUCGUGGCUUUGCUGGAAUUAAUGCUGCAAGCAUUGGAAAUGGAACCUACUUUGCUGUUAAUGCAAUUUACUCUGCUCAGGAUACUUACUCAAAACCAGAUACGAGCGGCAGAAAAUACAUGUACCUGGCUCGGGUCCUCACAGGGGAGUUUUGUGUUGGGCGCAGAGGGCUGGUCACUCCACCUCCAAAACACUCAGCAGAUCCUACCGACCUGUACGACAGCGUAGUCGAUGAUGUGAAUGCUCCAAAGAUGUUUGUCAUAUUUAAUGACAUUCAGGCAUAUCCAGAAUAUCUUAUUACUUUCAGACAAUAGAAUACUCUUCAAAGUCUAAAAAAUGCUGGUGCCUUUUCUAUGUAAAAUGUAACAGGCAUUUCUUGAUUGCUGUUUACACUUCGGUCUCUAAAGAGCUUUUUUAAAUCUAUCCAGGUGCUUAAGUAAGUCUUCAUAGUUACCAACGCCAGGAUAAGCAAUUAUUUUAGAAUGCAUUAUGUUAACACUCACAUAUCAAAUUCAGUUUUGCAGAGGUGCAGGCAAGAGCUUGAGAACAGCUAGACUUCUUCCCAAGCAAGGCAGAUGGGAACUGGUAGGAAGGGGAGCUGCUGUGCCAUACCUGUUGCCAUCUGUGCACACUCUGACUUGAGUUUUCCAUAUGAGGUUUUCAAGAAAAGGGCAGAUGUGGCACUGAAGGGCACGGUGGGGUUGAGUUGAUGAUUGGACUAGAUGAUCUUAGAGGUAUUUUCCAACCUUAAUGCUUAUGUGAUUCUAUCAUUAUGUACACCUAGCUUUCACGUACAAAGCUAUUGCUUCUGGAGUUCUUAGGAUAGUAAAGAGUGAUAAACUUCUGCUGGAUGAAAUGGAAUCAUAACCUUUCUCUACAAGCACCACUUUAUAGAUAACUCUGUCUAGGCACGCUUUCAAUAAGUAUGGACACACAUUCUAAGGACUCAUAGGGACAUAUUUGAAAGUGCUUAAUGUUCUGUAAAGCAAAUAAAUAAUGAUAUACAUACCCUUGAAUGUAUGCAGAUUAUGUACUUAGAGUGAUCAUCUUGCAACUGUCAAUUAAAAGCCCUCUGUGUGUUUUGUUUUAUUAAAAGUAGUUACAAGUAGAUUACGUGGUAUUGCUGAGUCAUUGUUUACACCAAGGAGUGCACUUCAAUUAGAAGUGUUGCUUUACAUCAGAAUACGUUUAUGGUACAGCG